AUGUGUUCAAGACCCUAAGAGGAUACUGGUUCAAGUGAGAAAAUUGAACCAACUAUUAUUCACACUCGAACGAAAAGAGGUCCAAAGAAUAAGCAAGAGAAACUUUUGAGCGCAAUGAAUUCUCAACUGAAAAUGUUGGAAAACAAAUUGAAGGUUUAAAAUGAUAAAUUAACUGAGUUUAUUGACUAAGCUGUUGGAAAAGCUAGAGAAAAAGCUUAAAUUGAUGCUUGCUAUAAAUCAGGAUCAGCUUUACUAGAGAGGGUGAAGAAAGAAGCUUAAAUAAAAGAAGAGAUCAAAUACUUAAUGGAAGAACUUGAAUAAAAAGUUAGCACAAUCUCUGCAAGCCUAUAUGAUAUUGAUGAGGAAUUCAAGUAGGAGUUCAAAUUAUUUAUGGCUUAUAAGGAUACUGCAGAUUAUAUUGAUGACUUUGAUGACUCUCUAAAUGAACUACAAGAAGAUUGCCCCAAAAUUAGAUAAGGACUUUAAUAAAUUACUGAAAAUGUCAAUCAAGUGGUAUAUUUGGUUUAAGAUGGAAUUAGCGGUAAUAUAAAUUUCUAGAAAUCAUACAUCAACUAUCAUAUGUCGAUCCUUCAAGAUUUUCUCACAAACUAUAAUUAAUUAUCAAAUAUGGUCUCUCAAAUGCUUAGAGAUAUCUAAACGGCAGAAGAAGUAAGACCUAUUGUAAUGUCAAAAAAUUUUAAAGACCCAAACUAUGUUAAGGAGUAGCAUCUUUUUGUGGAAGGUAUUCAAAGUCUUAGAGCAGGGUGCAAAAGAGUUUUUAAAAAGCUAAAGAAAAGGUCAAUAAAGACUAUCGAGAGAUAUAAAGAGAUGCAUUUUGAAGAAAUGUAAAAAGAUAUUGACAAGAGAUUUAAUGAUACGUUUUAUUAGGUAAAGGAUUUCGAGAAAAAUGAUAACUAGUAAAAUAAAAUGGAUCAGCAGCAAUACUCUGAUUCAUAUGAUGAAUUCUCAUAGAGGUUAAAAAUUCUUGGUAAAAAACUACUUAUAACAAAGGAGGAUUUAGUUAAAUUUAGAUAAAAUGAAAAGGAAAAUGGUUAUAAUAUCGCGGCAACAGCUGAUCUUGUACAUAAAUAAAGAAGUGUUGCUGCUGAAUGUCUUAGGCUAAAGAGAGAUGUAUUCUAGGCUUAAAUGAAUAUAUCUGCCGCAAAAGUAGACAGAUAACUUAAAAGGCUAGGACCAAUCGUUGAGAAACUAACGACUAAUAAAUAGUAUAUGUCAGCAGAAGAUUUAGAAACUUAUUCCAAUCUUAGAAAAGAAUUAGGCAGACUAAAGGGUAUAUAUGCUUCCAUUUUAAAUCUAGUCAACAAAAAUAAGUUUGAUCCUGAAGAUGAUAUGCUUGAAUUUGAAAGAUCUAUUACUAAAUUCAAAAAUUUUGCAAUUGAGCUUGAACAUUUACCUCUUGAAGCAAAAAUGAUAACUAUCAAAAUUGAUAAGGUACCAAUUCCAGUACCUCCUCCUCCAAAAAUUAUAAAAGUAAUUAAGAAAUUUGAAGAUGAAGUUGAUCGAAUGCUCUUUGAGUACUUGGAACUGAAAAAAAGUGAUAUUCUAAUAAGAAAGAUUUCACCAAACAACUAUAUUUUUGGCACCAAGAGAAUUUAUGCCAAAAUUAGUAAUGGAUAAUGUCUUAUCAGAGUUGGAGGAGGUUUUGCUGAUGUUGCAAGAUUUUAUGAAUAGUAUUCUGAGCUUGAACUGGUUAAAUAAUAGAGAGCUAAUAUUGAGGAGCUAUUACCAGAUCCAAAGAAAGGCUAAUACAGAGUCAUAAGAGCAGGCAUAUUGAACUCUCCAGAAAAACAAGAAUCUAAAGUUAUUCUUGAUAAAUCAUCAACUUCAUCUAAAAACGUUGAUGUGCCAAGGUAAUCAUCAUAGCCUCCACUAUCUGGAAGCUCUGGAUUAUUAGACUUAAAGCAUAAUGGUAACAAUGUGGAUAUAGAUUUGGAUGAUAUAACUUAUCUUGAAUCUAAUGAUGAUGCUCCUAACAAUUAUGUUGAGUUCUAGCCUGUUGAAUAUGAAAUUGAUCUUUUAGAUGACGAUGAUAAUGAUUAACCUACUAAUAAUAAUGUUCGUGAACAUAGAGGAAGCGGAAUGAAGACUUUAAAGGAUAAUCAUAAUACUUUUAGUGAUCAACUCACUUAAUCUACAAGAUAGAACAGUGAGGUAAGGAAAAAAUGA